AUGGAUACUUGCAGAGCAUCAAGUGAUGCGAUACCAGUAUGCGUAAUUCAUUUCGACAGUAAGGAUGGAGAAAUGAAAAAACUGACAGAAGAAACUUUAGCGAAAAUAAUUGACAUUAGAAAACAGUGGUUAAGUCUGUCUUCAUCAUAUAGAGAAUUUACGGAAGUCGCGAAAAAAUUGUUCGAGUUUAUAGAUGAUUCAGACGAGUUGAACGUAACCAGCGUUAAAGAAACUUGUGGCUACCAUCUGGACUGUUAUCGAAAUUUUACUAACAUAAGUAAGCUUGAAAGAGCUAAAACCACGAUUGCUAAUGCAGGUCGAAAACGUGUGUCUGAAGAAAGUGUCGAACAAACAGAUGUUAAUCCAAAGUCAGGAAAAGUCGCCCGAACUACAUGUUCUAUUUCUAGUCUCCAUCAUCCUUGUCAAUCUUCAAAUGUUUUACCGGAAAUUUGCUUAAUCUGUAAACGGCCCGGAGCUUUAUACAUCACAGAUAAGGUAUGUUGAUCUCUAUCUUUUAUUUUUUGUUCAGUUUGGGUUGUUGCGCAGUUACUUAGCUGGUAUAACGAGACCCAUGCUUUAUCCUCCCUGAGAACAGUAAGAGUUUUGCUUAACAUCGGAAAAUUCGUAUACCUAGGUGACGAAGAAACGUGUUAAACAGGAGUUGUCAGUGGUCCAAACCCUAACUGCUGGAAUUCUUGAACAAGCAGCAUUGAUGAGAAAUGACGAAACUAUUCUGAUCCAAAUCCAAGGAAGAGACUGCGUCGCGAUUGAGGCCAGAUACCACAGACGAUGUUAUCUGACAUACACAAAAUGCCUUACGAGAAAGCCAAAAAUUGUUGGUCCGACAUUGUACGACAAAGUGUUUGAUGAGUUUUGCGUUCAAGUUAUUGAGAAACGAAUAAUCCCAAAUAAUGAAGUGUUACUGCUUUCCUACUUGCUCAGAAAAUUUGUUAGCUGCGUCAAAGCGAUUGAAAAGAUUGAUGUACCGUACCAGGCCGCAAGACUGAAAAAAAGAAUCCAAAAUCGAUAUCCACAACUUGUUUUCCAUACCUCCAAGACCAUGAACAAAGGGACACUGGUUUACAUAGAUAGUAUGACCGCAGGCGAUGUUGCAGAUACUUAUCAGGACAUGUCCACAUUGGAAAGUGAAUCUGAGGAUGAACGUGAUGAUGAUGACCAACAUGACGGCAGCGAUAAUUGCUUUAACAGAGACGGAGUUUCUAUGACUAAAAAUAUGCAUUUCACUGCAUUGGAAGUAAGAAAGCUUUUAACCGAAAGUAAAGGUGUUAAUUCGGAGUGGCCACCUGACUCACAUGAUCUGACAUUAUCGUUAGCGGGACAAUCAAUUCCAGUAAAGUUGUAUAAUUUUUUGGCAUGGUGUCUUGGGUUCUCCUCUGAACCCGUCGAGAAUCAAAUGGUUGAUAUCAGUUCAAGCGAGAAUGCAAAGGUCGUAUCUAUAGCACAAGAUCUUAUUUAUGCAGAAUCCAACGGCAAGAAACAAACUCAUAAGUCACUGGCUCUCGGGAUGACAGUGCGACAAAUGACUGGGUCAGUGCGAUUACUUAGAAUCUUACAUGGUUUAGGGCAUACAGCAUCAACAGCUACCGUUUACAGACAUGAUACUGCGUUGGCUAUAUUAAGCAGCGACGGUGCAGGAAAAGAAAUCACUAUUCCACGAAAUAUCAUCCCAGAAGCAUUUACUACAAUUGUUUGGGACAACAAUGAUUUCAACGAGGAAACGGUUUCUGGGAAAGGAACAACGCAUGUUGCAAACAGAAUUAUUGUGCAGAAUAAAGAAGCCGGACAGAAACUUGGAGAAAGGAUAAGUGUGAGUAAAAAGAACCAUACAAUUGUAGCACCAGAAACCAGCAUCAUCCAUUAUACAAGCAAAGAAAAAGGGACUUUAUGCCUGCGAAAUGAAAGUUCCGAAAUUUCGCUUGAAGAAGAAAGCUAUCGCCAUGAACAAAGUAUGGGUCGAAAUGCUGAUUUUCUAUACCUCUUGUCCAGAAAGAACGCGUCUGAGAAUGGAGAAAGUUUGCCAGGAUGGACGGGACUCAACACUCAAGUAUGUAAAGAGAUUCGAUGUUCUUCUAACAUUGGCUACCCUACCAGUCAUCGAUGCUCCAGUUACGGACAUGUCAACCAUCAACACACUGCUUCAACACAGCGUUUCGAUUUGCCAACGCCUUCAAGUCCCCGACAUUGUCUUAGUUUUCGACGAAGCAAUAUAUGCCAAAGCUCAGAUGAUUAGAUGGAAACAUGAUGAAUUGAAGAAACGGCUGGUUAUCAGGCUCGGUGACUUCCAUACGGUUAUGUCUUUCUGCAGUGGUAUUUCUAAAAUCUUCAAAGACACAGGUUUACAGGUGAGUGUUGCCGUUUUUUGUUGCUUACCCAUACCUAUUUCAAAAGGCUUUGUGAUUGGUUGAUUAAGACAGGAAAAGACAAUAAACGUUUUCAAUCAUGUUUGUAGAAAACCAAUCACAAAACGUUUCCACCGCCCUGUAUGUUCUUUGAAUAUAUACUAAAUGUGCAAAUUAUUUUUAGGAUAUUAUGAUAGAAUCAGAAAUUGUAGCACCCGGAUCAAUGAAAGGUGUCCUAUCUGGAAAACAUUAUAACCGAUCUAUACGAGCUCACAAGAUGGUCUACGAGGCAAUGCAAAGGUUGCGUUUGCAAGCAUUUGAGAAGUCCUUAACAACUAGCGAGAAAACCCAGCUUGAAUCUAUAAAUCUAGUUAUGCAAGAUGAUUCUGAAAGGGACAAGUUUUUGGAGAUCAGCGCAGGCAACGAUGUUACAGAACUGAAAGUUAUGUACGACAUGUUUGUAAAGAAACGUAGUGAGCAGAAUCCAUUGUUUUCCUUCUGGUCAAGCUACAUCGAAAUGGUACAAUUACUAUUACUCUACAUCAGAGCAACAAGAACUACGGACUGGUCUCUUCACUUAAGUUCAUUAAGAUCGAUGAUUCCAUGGUUUUUCGCCACCGAUCGCGUGAACUAUUCUCGAUAUGCAUCUUGUUACUGGUUGGAAAUGAUGUGCCUCCAAGAAACUAAUCCAUGUAAGAAUAUUUGUCCUUUCUGUUGAUCAGAUCUUUUUUCGAGGAAGCGAUAUUCCAAACAUUUAAACGAAUUGAAUCAAAAUAUACAAGUUAUUCCCUUUUCUUUUGGGUGAUGUAUUAUUAACGUUCUUUGUUCUAUUGUGUCAGUUUUAUACAAUUGUCUAAGUUUUGAUGUUUCCUCUUGUUUAGACGUGGCUGUUAACAUUUCUAAAAAUUGGACUGUUCAAAGGCAACAAAACUACCCGUUUUCCAGUAUCACAUGUGACCAAACCAUUGAACAGACCUUGAACAGGUAAGUUACGGUAUAAUUAUAUAUAAUUAUUUUUAAUCCCAAAUAUAAUCUCCUAGGUACAAACGUAUCUAGUUUGUGUACCCAAAAUGCCACCCUUUGUGCAGGCUUACCAAUUUUGGUUUUAUCAGUAAUGUUAACCCUAACAUUGUCCAAACAUUUAUGCCCAGGGUCAAAAACUGUGCGUAUAAGUGCUCCAGCCAUUCUUUGCCACCUUUUCAUCUUCCUCAUAGAGCUGUAAUAACCACAUCUAAUAACCAUUAACUUUCUGCAGGGAUUCUAAAAUGAAAGGUGGACUGAUUGGAAUGACACUGAAUAAAGGAGCUGUGCAUCGCUGGUUAAUGGGACAAGCAGAGAGAAGUGCUAUAACGAGACAGUGCGAAGCCAUGGCAAAUGUAACUGAAGUUACAAGGUAGUUUAAUAUUCUUACUUCUUACCAUGCAUGUGCAGUUUAAUUAGCAUUCAAGUUCGUUCGGGUAUCGAACUGGACUAAACCAAACACUAUGUAUCUUGUAGGAGCAGGAAAGAUUUAGACAAGACAAGGGUGGAAGCAGAUGAGAAGGCAGUUAUGGAUGUCAUUAAAACAGUAGAAUCUAUUAUUAAUCCUUUUGAGAACGAUAAAGAAGAGUUGGUGCAUUUGGCAAGCGGAGCAGUUGCCACCCAGGCAGUUGCCGAAGAUAUGAAAACAAUGUUAGAAAAAGGUAAAGCUGCUGCAGAUAAUUUCAUGAAGAACAACAUUCUCGGAGACGAGCCAAACAUUUACGCAACGAUAAAGAAAACGAAGUUGGAAACAUUCUCUUCUUUGGGUAAGAAAGUGACGAAUAAGAACAAGAAAGGAGAACUUGUGGCCAUGAAGAAUUCCAAAAUCCUUUUCACGAAGAUGUUGUUGAUUGCAAAAAGCCGCAAUUUGGAAAUGGAAGAUGUUCUUAAAUAUUCGCUCCGACCAUUUCCGUGCUCUUUGGCAACAAAUGAAGGAGAUCUUGUCAAAACGGCGAAAGCAAAGCUGCUCCACGCAGUUGAAGGGGAAGUAGAAGGGUCUACAGUCAGUGAGAUUUCUGCUAAUGAGAAAGCAUGCAUUUUAGAUGCAAUGGCGAUGUUGCAAACGUUGACACCCAUCCCACGAACAUUCGGUGAAUUAGCAACACAACUGCUUAUUAAGGUUGUCAACAGUGCUGUAUAUUCGAACGGCAGACGGGUGGAUUUUGUAUGUGAUCGAUAUCCACGUGAAAGCAUUAAGGAUCUGGAAAGGGAUAGGCGAGCUGCGAAUGGCGUGCAAGUGGUAAAAAUAUACAGUGAGCAUCAGAAAGUGCCUCGUCAAUGGAAAAAGUUUAUGUCACCUGGUGAAAAUAAAGAAGAAUUGAUGAGAUUUCUUUUCGCCUCCUGGAAGAAAGCUGAUGCACGUUUACUACGGGGAGUCGAGGUAGUUCUUGCGCAUGAAGAUAAGUGCCACCGCUUCAUCCAGUCAAAUGAACAGUUGAAGAGCUGUCGUGUGACCAUGAAGAGGCAGAUACGCGGAUGA